GAUGGGUUGCCGCAAAUGGCAUCUAAACAGAAUACACGUUUUCGCAGUAGCGAUCAACUAAUUUUAACAAAAUGCCCGGGAUGCGGAGUAUGUUUAGAAUUUGAAGCUUGUAUGAAUAGUUGCGUAGGCAGAUUUCGGAAUCCUUGUGAAAGUAGCUUCUGUGUGCCUCGCAACAUCAAGUCAAAUUGCUGCCACUGUCACAGAAUAAAAGCUCGUGAGCUUCAAUCGGAAUCAUUUGGAAAUAACAACGAGUUUACAAACAAUCCGCAUGAUGAGGUGAAAUACACAAUAAGUUUCGGGUUUACUGUGAAGCGCAAGUUUAAAACCAAGAAACAAACCACGCUUGGCGCACGUAGCGUUUCAACAGGGAAUAUAAAGCGUCAUUCUGAACAAAGCCGUAAAUGCAAGACAAGAUUGCCUAAAGCUUUUGGUGAUCAGUCGGAGAGGAAUGAUAUUAAACCACGGUUGCGGCACACCAAUGAAACCAGAGGAAUAUUGAAACCUAGACCUGUGUCAGACAGCCUAUUUUACCAGGAUAAAGUCAUAUUCAAACAAUUCGAGUUCGACGACGAUUUCCACCCGAUUGAUAGAAAAGAAAAGGACAUUGAAAUGAAGACUGGAUUAAGUAAAAAACCUGUGAGGAUUCAUUUGCUAAACAACGAUUCUGUUGUGUUAGUAUUUGAGACCAAGUCAACAGUUCGACAAUUAUUUGAACAAGUUUGCACUCUGUUAUCAAUAAAAGAAAAACACUUUUUUGGUCUCUCUACAGUAGUAGACAAUGAAAAAUGGUUUAUGGAUUUGAAGUACAAAAUUUCAAAGUAUGCUCCGAAAGAAUGGGGUAAAGAAAUAAAGAGAAGAGCAAGCGAUCUUGCAGUCAGCUCAGCUGCGGUUCUAACUGUUCAAUUUCAAGUUCAAUUUUAUGUGGAGCACCCUAAAUUGAUCAGUGACCCAAUAUCGAGACAUCUCUACUACCUCCAGCUAAAGAAAAAUGUAGCAAGAUCAAAAGUUUUAACCCAAGAUGAAAUUUUAUUUACUAUUGCAUCCCAUGCAUUGCAGACAGACUUGGGAGAUCAUAAUACAGUUCAUCACAAAGGCCAUUAUUUCAGACCAGAAGAUUAUUUCCCUUCUUGGUUUAUUGAAAAGUGGGGUCGUGAUUAUCUUCUUUCCCAUCUCCCAACAUUACAUGCAGAACACAAAGGUCGAAGUUCAUUCGAAUCUCAAGCAUUGUAUAUUCAACAAGCAUCAGGAAUUGAUGACGUCCCUGUACAUUAUUACAAACUAUAUAAGAAUAAAAAAGAAACGAAGCCAAGUGUUUUGCUGGGUAUUUUUCAUCAAGGUAUAAGAAUUCAUUAUGGAAAUCCAGAGAAAAUGCAACAAACUCCAUGGAAACUUGAAUUUGAAUUCAUGUGGAACAAAGUUGGACGACUGUUUUUCACGGGUAAACGAUUUGAAAUCUAUCCCGAAGAUCUUCCUGCUUGCAGAAAAUUGACAUAUUAUACUGGAAGUCACUCACGAUCAAAAUAUCUCCUCCAUUUUUUGAGGGAAACUCACUCACUUUAUAUGAGUCUUUCGCCAUACGCUCAACAAAUGAGAAAAGUGGAUGGCAAAAAAACUGCAAGAAGAUACAGAGAAUCCUAUAUCGCUGGUAAAAACCUCGAAAGCGCCGACACGACAAGUAACGAACAUCAUUCUACAGAUAACGAGGAUGAAAUUAAAUCGAAACAACAAGGAAGAGAAAAAUCCUACUAUCGAUCGAUGACCAGUCAUGGCAGUUCACAUACAUCAGGAAUUGAAAGUGAUUCCAAACAAAGAACAGAAGAGGAAGAUGAUGAAGAUAAUUAUGCUGAUGACUUUGAUCCUAUUGCACAUGAUCAUGCUAGAGAAGAAAUCAUUGAUAUCACUGAAGAUCAUUUAACUGCUCCACCUUCAAAAAGUUUGAGCGUCAAUAACUUGGCGGAUCCGAACUUGACUGAAAUGAAAAUAAAGCCUCUACAUAACAGUGUGUUAGAUGUCAAAAGAACGGGAAAACCAUCCAGAGACAAUACUUUGACCGGUGAUGAUUUUUGCAUUGUUUCCGAUGUCUCUCUUAUUUGUGAAAACAAUAAUCCAGACUUAAAAACACCUAAACAUCUGUCAGUGAGUUCAGAGAAUCGAGAUGAUACCCUGAAGAACGGAGUUCAAUUGGAUGUUCUCAUCAAUGCAGUACAAAACAACAAAAUAUCAGAUAAACCUAAUGCUGCACGCAGUCACUCAUCCAAACAUGCAGAUAUUACAGAUCACGGCGGUAGGAAACACCGGAAAAAAGUACGGAGUUUCAUCGACACAUCAACACAAACUGCCACGCCGCAAAAAACAGCCGAUGCAAAACUUUAUUAUGAUGAUUUUCAUACUAUACCCAGAAAACCAAGAGUACGAAGUCAUACGGAAGAUCCCAAGUCAUCUGCCUAUUAUAUUAAAGCACAGGAUCCGUAUACGAGCCGACACCAACAUCAUCAGCCAAGGGUGGAAUAUCAUACACACCAUGAGAAAAAAAGUGGAAGAAGACCAUCUUCUGAACAGCCUAUUUCAAAAAGUAAUUCAGAAUCAAUACCGAAUUGGAAAUCUACAGCGCAUACAAUACACCGCACCCAAAGUUCUGAUAAUGCGGGCCCAGCGUCGUUUAUCACUGGCGGAAAAGUUAAACAGCGUCAAGGGAAAGCUAAAAUUCAAAAGCGAAAUUCUGCGUUCGUCCCAGUAUCAAGAUCGACAAGAGAAAGUAACCCUAUCGGAAUGGAAAAGGGAUACUACACUGUAGCUCGUGGCUACGAUAAGUACAUCUACUAUGAUGAUGUAAAUUCUUCUGCUCACAAUGGUAACGUUACCACUGCCAGUUCAUAUGAUCCCAAGAAUCGUCAUCAUCAUAAAGGAGAGGUACAUCCACAUCAUCAUGCUCACUACCACACUGAGAAACCAAGGCGUACAAAUAAUACCAGAUUCUCAGAUGGCCAUACAUAUUCCUUAGCUGAUCAAGGAAGACUCUCUUCAUUUGAAGAUGACGAAUUCUCACAAAAAAUGAGUGAAGCUUGCAUGCGUACAUUAUCAGCUCAGCGAAGAAAGCUUUCCGACUCACGUUUCACGCACAGAAUGGAUAGUGGACGUGGUAGUCUUCGUACUGAUGACUCCAGCAGUGGUUUGGAUGUCCCAAAUCUAGAGGAAAUCAUGAAUACUUUGGCUCUCCUCACACACCUGCCAACAAACAGCAACCUCUUCAAUAUGACUUGUUACGGACUCCUUUUGUUGAAAGCUAUAAUGAAGUCAUAGUUUAAUUUGAGAUUU